AUGGAUGGUCUGGAGGCUCAGCCCAAGAACCUAGAGUCGUUGGUUAACAUCCCGUUUCCUAGCACGCUACGAGCUAUGCAAUCCUUUCUCGGGAGCUUGAACUACUACCGUCGCUUCAUUGAGGAUUUCGCGGUGUAUGCCGCGGUGUUGUAUGAGUUAAGAGAAUCGGAUUUCUUCGAGAUCGGCCGAUAUCAGCUUGCAGCAGGAGACGAAUGCUCCAACGAGGGUCGAUGGACGGAAGCCAAGGUUGCUUUCACUAUGCUAAAAGCUAAGAUAGCUACAGCUCCCAUGCUCAAGCAUUUCGACCCAGAUCGGUCCCCCGUAAUCGUGGUCUACGCUAGCAAGUGGGCUGUCUCAGCGGCCCUGAUACAGGAGUACGAUGGCGUGUACCAUCCGGUGACGUUUACUAGCCGCACUUUAAAGCCUAAUGAGCUUAACUACGGAAUGGUAGAAAAGAAGUGCUGGCGCUACUUCUCUCGAGGGCUCAACGGGAGAUUAGGACGGUGGGCUGCUUUGUUGUCAAAUUGGACUAUGGAGGUAAAGAAAUGUGAAAGAGGAGAGGAAGAAAUCCUGGGCAUGUUAGCAGCGAGUAUCACUCCGAGAGGAGAGGUGGAAGAGAUGCUGAUUGCGAUCUCCCCACGAAAAGACUGUCGACUCAAAAUAUCGAUGCCUCCUCCAAUGGUGGAAACAGAUGAGGAGUUGCUGGUAGCCAGUUUCGAUGGAUCGGCUAGGAUAAAAAAGAAAGGAGGGUCGUUCAGUGCCGUGAUAUGGAAGUUACCCGAAUGGACGAUCGUGGCGGCCGAAUCGAGAUAUGUUCACGAUCUGACUGUGAACGAAGCUGAGUAUAAUGGCUUGCUACUGUGCUUUGAGUUACUCGCCGGUCUGGAUAGGGGGCGAGUAAUACUGUGUGGAGAUUCCAGUCUAGUGAUUCGACAGAUGCGCGGUGAGAUCGACUGCAAGGCACCGGGCCUUCAGCUUCUGAGACACAAAGCGUUGGAGAAGCUGCAGUCAUGGCCUAGUCACGAGUUUCUGCAUAUGAAGCGAGAGUGGAAUCAGAGCGCAGAUCGACUAGCCAGCACAGCAUUGCAGAGCGAAAAGGGAAGAACGGUUGUAGCUGAAGAGGAUCGGCAAGAUCUGAUGACUCUGAACCGUCUUGAUGAAUUGUUGAAGCCCAAGCAAGAUGGUCAGCUAGCUCGGGUAACUGCGAUCGUGAGAUCAGCCAGGAGGAUACGUCAUAAACCUGAAGUGAUACAGGAGGAGAUAGUACAGAGGAUCAGGAUUCAACGAAUUGUCCAAGCUCAAGAUGAAGAGCGUUGGAUUGUCAAUCUCAAGACAUAUCUAAGUGGCGAUGUAUCAAACUUGGAUGCGGUAGAAGUGAAGACGUGCGCCAAACUGGCGCCGGAUUACGAGAUCGAUGAGAACAAUCUGCUAUUUUUUUGCCCCAUGGCGAAAAGAGAGUCAGAAGAUCGCGAUGGUUUGAUGCGGUUGGUGAUCCCUGAGACGUUGCAGCAGGAUUUUUGCAUCACUAUCACACGAGUCUGGAAGGAGGCCAUCAGGGUAUUGGCCGAACCUAUCAGAGGAUCAGAUCGCGAUUUCAUUGGAGAGGACUGUAUCGGAGCGUUCAACGAUAUGUGGGCGAAUGUACCGACUGUGAGACCGGGAAAGGAAACCCGAUGA